AUAACGCACAUCCCCGACCCCCAUAAGGCAGAACUCAUCUUUACAGCGGACCAUCCUAACUAGGGUUGGGUACCAAAACUCGGUGCCAAUAGGGAACCGGUUCCGACGUAAACGGUAGUAACUAGAUCGAAUAAGAACAAACAUUUUGGUGCCUGAUUUCGGUGCCUGACUUUUUUUUUACCGCCCCCUGGUGUUCCGGCGUCAACUUAACUCGGCACACUUGUUGAACUGAUAGCGAGAGGAUUAAUGAAGAUGCCGAAGGCUAAACGCUCCAAGGUUUGGCUGCAUUUCAUGAGUAAGGAUGCAGACUCUGCAAAUGCAACAAAUGCCUUAAAGUAAUAUCAUGCAAGGUCGAACAAUGCAUCGUGUUUGACAACCUACGAGACGCAGAGCCAAGCACGUCAACAGCAGCAGCUAGUGUUGGCCUCGCCGCCAGACAAAUUGAAGAGAGUCCCAGCCCUGCCAGUGUGGUGGUGGACAUCACAGAUGAUGAUAACCGCAGCCGUUCUUCUUCGGGUAAGUCUAGUGAUUUAAUGCCAAUCGCAAAUCUUGCAUAUCAAGUAGGCUAGCAAACACCGUUGCCAUUCAAUAGCGUGUGUAACAACGUGUGCAAAAUGUUUUAACAAAGUUCCAACACUUCUUUAUAUGAGGCUAUACUGUGUGUGUUAAAUAAACAAAAUGUUGAUCUUAAGUGUUUUACAUCAGUAUUAAACGGCGCAACUUUUCAUUUAAUCAGAAACAUAGGUUGGUUGGUAAGGUAUACCUGUGUUUUGAGGCUGUAUCGAGAGGGUGGGGGGACAAUUGUUUUUCGAGGCUACAGCCUACUCAAUCCGAGGCAACUCCUAUUUAUCGAGAGGGGGAAGUGGGGGAGAAUUGUUAUGAGCUGUUGAGCAGAAUAGGCUACUAGUAGUAGUAACCUGAAGAGUUAGGUGUAUGUUAUAAACAAUUUUGAUAGUAAUAUUUUUAUUUCUGGCUUUCAAGUUACAACAGUGACUCCUUUCACCAUGGCUUAGAAGGCUGCACUAUCCAAAGAGAAGGUGCAGGAAAUCCACAGGGCAGUCACCAAAUUUGUGGUGAUGGGGCUUCAUCCAUUUUCCACUGUGGAAUCGCCAUCUUUCAGGGAGAUGAGCACUGCCCUCAAUCAUAGAUACCAACCACCAUCCAGGGAUGACAUAUCCAACAUGUACAUACCCGCGUGGUAUUCUGUUAUAAAACAAAAUGGCAUCCAGGAGCUGGUGCAGGUCAGCAAAAUUGCAAUUACUUGCGAUGGAUGGACCAGUGUGGCACAGGACCACUAUCUAACAGUGACUGUCCAUUAAAUUUACAAAGGCAGCAUCCAGCAGAAAGUGCUGAGCACUGAAGCAGUUUAUGAGUCCCAGACAGGGCCAGUGGUGGCACAGAAAAUCCACAGCAUUCUUGAGGAGUUCAAGUUGACUGGAAAAGUCAUAGCUGCCACAGUAGACAACGCAUACAACAUGGAUGUUGCCCUGAGAAACUAGACAUUUUUAAAAGUUUGGUGCUUUGCCCACACACUCAACCUGGCAGCACAUAAGGUGUUCAGCAUCCAAGCUGUGACUAGGUGGUGUGCAAAGAUUUGCGCAGUGGUGGUGUGGCUGAAGCGCUCUACCAUGAGCAAAACUGUCUUGAGAGAGAAGCAGCGACUCCUCAAUUUGCCAGAGCACAAUGUUAUCCUGGAUGUGAGGACUCGCUGGAAUUCUCUAUACCUCAUGGUGGAGAGGUUUGUGGAGCAGUUCCCUGCAAUCCAGGCAGCUUGCCUCGAUCAAAGGCUAAGGCGGCCAAAGGAGAGGGACAGACUAGAAAGGCUUACAGAGAGUGAUUUUGAGAAGGCAGAGGAAUUCAUUAAAUGCAUUAAAGUCUUGUACACCUCAACCCUCUGCGUGUCAAGUGACAAGUCCCCCACAUGCAGCCAAAUCAUCCCGAUACUCACAAAGCUGGAGGCACACUAUUCAACCUCCGAUGAUGACAAUGUCUUUGUGGCUGCUAUAAAAGAGAAGGAUAAUCAUGACAUUCAGAACUUCCUUCAGGAGGCCACAUUAAUGGACCCUCGCUUUAAAGGCAGGCUGGAAGUUGGUGUUGCGGACGCUUGGGAUAGGCUUGAGAAAGCAGCGAUUGACAAUGCCACGGCAGCUCAGGACCCUCAUCAGACUGAGGCAGGUGAGGAGGUGGACCAAGCAGGCAGACGUAUGUCAGCCUUGGAGCAGUUGUUUGAGGAUGAAGACCGAGAACUUCUUCAUACAACUCAGACCACAAGCAGUGCCCUCUCCAUCACAGAGCAGGUCCAGAAAGAGAUAAAGAUCUACAAAGGCCUGCCAGCCAUCCCAUCUGGACAAGACCCUGUGGCCUGGUGGGGGGUAAGAGGGAUACCCUCCCUAAUUUGUCUGUCCUGUCAGAGGUGUACUUGUGUGUGCAGGCCUCAUCAACCCCCUCUGAGAGGGUUUUCUCCUGUGCUGGGCAUGCUAUCAGUCAGGAAAGAUGCCGUAUAUUGCCAGAGAAGGCCAAUAUGCUGAUAUUCCUGCAGAAGAAUUGUUAAACUAACACUGAUGUAAAGUGUCCUCACCAAGUUUCUUUAAAAGUGC